AAAUUGAGCAAGAUAAUCAAAAUGAUGCUGAUGAAGAAGGUAAUUAUGAGAAUAAAUUAAGUGAGCACGAUGAUGAAUCAAGAGAUCAUGAUAGUGGUUUAAGAGGUCGUGGAUCAAGAGAUUGCGGUAAUAGAUCAAGAGGCCGAGAUCAUAGUGGUGGUAAACCAAGAGGUCGUGGUAAUGAGUUAAGAGAUCAUGGUAGUGGAUUGAGAGGUCGUAGUGGUGGAUUAGAAGGACAUGGUAGAGGUCGUGGUGGUGGAUCAGGAGGACGUGAUAGAGGUCAUGGUGGUGGAUUAGGAGGACGUAGUAGAGGUCGUGGUG